AAAGACAAACAGAUGUAAGACAGGUAAAACAGUGACAAAGACAAACAGAUCAAAGACAGGUAAACAGGUAAAACAGUGACAAAGACAGGUAAAACAGUGACAAAGACAAACAGAUCAAAGACAGGUAAACAGGUAAAACAGUGACAGAAAGACAAACAGAUCAAAGACAGGUAAAACAGUGACAGAGAAAGACAAACAUAUGUAAGACAGGUAAAACAGUGACAAAGACAAACAGAUCAAAGACAGGUAAACAGGUAAAACAGUGACAAAGACAGGUAAAACAGUGACAAAGACAAACAGAUCAAAGACAGGUAAAACAGGUAAAACAGUGACAGAAAGAUAAACAGAUCAAAGACAGGUAAAACAUGUAAAACAGUGACAAAGACAAACAGAUCAAAGACCGGUAAAACAGUGACAGAAAGACAAACAGAUCAAAUACAGAUAAAACAGGUAAAACAGUGACAAAGACAAACAGAUCAAAGACAGGUAAAACAGGUAAAACAGUGACAAAGACAAACAGAUCAAAGACAGGUAAAACAGCGUCAAAGACAAACAGAUCAAAUACAGAUAAAACAGGUAAAACAGUGAGAAAGAUAAACAGAUCAAUGACAGGUAAAACAGUGACAAAGACAAACAGAUCAAAGACAGGUAAAACAGUGACAAAGACAAACAGAUCAAAGACAGGUAAAACAGCGACAAAGACAAACAGAUCAAAGACAGGUAAAACAGUGACAAAGACAAACAGAUCAAAGACAGAUAAAACAGGUAAGACAGUGACAAAGACAGGUAAAACAGCGACAAAGACAAACAGAUCAAAGACAGGUAAAACAGGUAAAACAGUGACAAAGACAGGUAAAACAGUGACAAAGACAAACAGAUCAAAGACAGGUAAAACAGGUAAAACAGUGACAAAGACAAACAGAUCAAAGACAGGUAAAACAGCGACAAAGACAAACAGAUCAAAGACAGGUAAAACAGGUAAAACAGUGACAAAGACAAACAGAUCAAAGACAGGUAAAACAGUGACAAAGACAAACAGAUCAAAGACAGGUAAAACAGUGACAAAGACAAACAGAUCAAAGACAGGUAAAACAGUGACAAAGACAAACAGAUCAAAGACAGGUAAAACAGCGACAAAGACAAACAGAUCAAAGACAGGUAAAACAGUGACAAAGACAAACAGAUCAAAGACAGAUAAAACAGGUAAGACAGUGACAAAGACAGGUAAAACAGCGACAAAGACAAACAGAUCAAAGACAGGUAAAACAGUGACAAAGACAAACAGAUCAAAGACAGGUAAAACAGCGACAAUGACAAACAGAUCAAAGACAGGUAAAACAGAGACAAAGACAAACAGAUCAAAUACAGAUAAAACAGGUAAAACAGUGACAAAGACAAACAGAUCAAAGACAGGUAAAACAGUGACAAAGACAAACAGAUCAAAGACAGGUAAAACAGCGACAAAGACAAACAGAUCAAAGACAGGUAAAACAGUGACAGAAAGACAAACAGAUCAAAGACAGGUAAAACAGUGACAGAAAGAUAAACAGAUCAAAGACAGGUAAAACAGUGACAAAGACAAACAGAUCAAAGACAGGUAAAAACAGGUAAUAUAGUGACAGAAAGACAAACAGAUCAAAUAGGUAUGUCGAUUACGAGUACGGUAGAAGAAGA